UGCCUGCUUAUUCAGCUCUCUCACUGUUUAUUUACAGUGGAGCAAUGCGAAGUGUGUACGUGACGGAUUUAAACACGAAAGUCAUGAUUUUCUCGAGAAACAUGGUAUAGACAGGGCGUCCGCGAACCAAGCAGAUGUGGCUCCGGCCAUGACUCAUCCCAGGCUCAACACGGUUGAAGCGGCGUUGAUAUUUAUAUCCGUCGCACAUCUGAGCACAGCUCUGAAGUGUGUGUGCCAGCUAUGUGCCAACAACACCUGUGAGACGGGUGCAGACGGGGCCUGCUGGAACUCUGUGAUGCUCAUCAACGGGAAGGAGGAGGCCGUCAAGUCCUGUCUGUCCCCGGCUGAGAUGAGGGGACAGGUCUUCUGCUACAGCUCCCGGAACGUCUCCAAGAGGAACUGCUGCUUCACAGACUUCUGCAACAACGAGACCCUGCAUCUGCAUCCAGGCUAUGUUGAGAGGCCUUCGGAGGAGCCCGGCUGGGGCAGGCUGGAGCUGGCAGCGGUCAUCCUGGUUCCCUCUGCCCUGCUGUGUGUGAGCAUCCUGCUGGGGGUGUGUGUGGUGCAGGGCCAGCGCUGUGCCAACAACAGGGCCCACAAGAAUGACGUGGAGGAGCCCCUGGACGACCAGAGUCUCAUGCCCCCCGACAAGUGUAUUAAAGAUCUCAUCUAUGACAUGAGCACGUCCGGCUCAGGCUCCGGGCUGCCGCUGCUGGUACAGCGGACAAUAGCUCGGACCAUCGUGCUGCAGGAGACCAUUGGGAAGGGCCGCUUCGGGGAGGUGUGGCGAGGGAGGUGGCGAGGGGAGGAUGUGGCGGUGAAGAUCUUCUCAUCCCGAGACGAGAGGUCCUGGUUCAGAGAGGCAGAGAUCUACCAGACCAUCAUGCUCCGACACGAGAGCAUCCUGGGAUUCAUCGCAGCCGAUAACAAAGAUAACGGCUCUUGGACCCAGCUGUGGCUGGUGUCAGAGUACCACGAGCACGGCUCUCUGUUCGACUACCUGAACAGGUACACAGUGUCUGUGGACGGCAUGAUCGUCCUGGCCUUGUCCAUCACCAGCGGUCUGGCACACCUCCACAUGGAGAUCAUUGGCACACAGGGGAAACCUGCCAUUGCCCACAGAGACAUCAAGUCUAAGAACAUCCUGGUGAAGAAGAAUGGGACAGCAGUCAUAGCAGACCUGGGAUUGGCUGUGAAACACGACUCCAGCACCAACACCAUCGACAUACCGUCGAAUCACAGAGUAGGAACAAAAAGGUACAUGGCACCAGAACUGCUGGAUGACACGAUCAAUAUGAGCAGCUUUGAGUCAUUCAAGCGGGCCGAUAUCUACUCCCUGGGCCUGGUGUUCUGGGAACUGGCACGGAGGUGUUCCGUCAGGGGACUUCAAGAAGAUUUUCAGUUGCCUUACUAUGAUAUGGUGCCUUCAGAUCCCUCUGUGGAGGACAUGAGAAAGAUUGUCUGUGACCAGAAACUGAGACCUAACAUUCCCAACCAGUGGCAGAGCUGCGAGGCACUGCGGGUGAUAGGCAAGCUGAUGCGCGAGUGCUGGUACGCCAAUGCUGCAGCUCGCCUCACCGCACUGAGGGUCAAGAAGACCGUCUCUCAGGUGACUGUACUCAAGGACAUCAAAGAUUAGCUUGGUAAGCUAGCCCACUGGCUGCUGCCCCCCCCUGUCCAAUGUACUGUUAUUAGUUGGGAGCAAAGCAGCCUCUGGACCACACUGAAACACUCAACUGGGUGUUAUUCAUUAGAAACCAAACAGAAUAAAACAGACCGGAGCGGGGAGGGGUCUACCUGAAUUUGUCAAAUAAGAAACUGAAAUAUUAUAUAUAUAUUUUUUGCUAUGUUGCGCACUAAUGAAUACGACUCAGCAGUGUGCAUUCUCAGCUUGUGAUUCCAAAGGAGCCUACUGCUGCUACCCAGCAGGGAACACUCCUGUCCUGCCCUGCAGUGUGUGACUGGAACUGCAUCACCCAAUCAAGAAAGAACAGGAAAUGAAACUGUGACCUUUUUAGAUGACAAUGGAUGAUUUAUAAUGUACAGAUUUUGUCUCUGCUACCUCAGAUGUUUUUAAGUGCCCAAAGCUUGAAGUUGCACAUUGAAUGCUUCAUGCCAUAUAAUAGUGUAUGUACUGUAGUGCUAGGCAACAUGCAAAAAUUAUUGUAAAUGUUACUGAGUAAUGCACUCACUGCUAUGCCUGAUUAGUAAAGGACACACAAGGUAUACAUCCAUAAAGAUAUCUGCGACUUCGGGUGCUGCCCCCAUCCCCGCCCUAUUCUAUUUCGUAUCCAUAUAUAUCGUUGUAUAUGACUUAUAAUGCCUAUAUCAACUAUACUCCGUAUUUAAGAAAAACAAAGUCUAAGAUGUUGUAUAACACAAUAUAUUAUUGUUAAAGGGGCAAUCUGCAGUUCUACCAACAACAAUGACAAAGUGGACACCCACUGCUAUUUUGGUUAACAGCUGAGGGGUGGGGGGCUGGAGAAAUGUAAGCUAUAGAUGCAAUGACUGACCAUCCAUGAUAUCAACAUUAUAGUAUUAACCCUAUAAUUAGGAACUAGAAUACUAAUAGUUGAACUAAGUAUAGUGAUUUAAUAGGAUCUCUGGUUUUAACCAUGCUUUGAGGAUAUACAGUAUUUGUGUACAAUGGCACUGUUUACAAACAAUGGCGUAAAACAAGUUUAUAUUUUGGUUUUCGAUGUGCUACGACAGUUUUACUUAGCUCGUUUACAAGUUCUAUUCUUUUAAGAAUCAAUAAUGUAAUAAAAGUGAAAGAACGGACGUCGCUAUUGCAGAUUGCCCCUUUUAACACAUCCACACUCACAUGUAUUUUGCCUAACAAUCACAUCUUCUCUGUGAAGCACAACCUUUCUUAUAUUACAGAAGAGAGACGUUUUAGAAAAAAACAUUUAAAUAUAUUUAAUAUAUAGAUCGAAUUAUGGAAAGACUUUUAUUCCAUAGAAAUAUUGUUAUAUCCAAAGCCUUUAAUUGAAUGCUACAAUAUGUAGGGACACUAUGAAAUGCCAAUGUGAAAAUAUAUAAUUAAAAAAAAAAUAAAGUACAAAAUGUACCACAUUGUUGGUAUAAUGUACAUAAAGCAGUACACCCUUUACCCAAUAUAAUAUGCAAACACAAAAAAAUUACCAAAUUGUUCACCAAAUAUUUUUGUUUGUCUACUAACGAGGGAUUUUUCAGUGAGCCGAGUUUGAACCGUGGCCGUGUUCCGACUACUUAUGUGAACACUAAUGCCAUUGUCAGACUUGGCUUGUAAUCUCUUGCCAUAACAGGCUUAGGAACGGGGACAUAAGCUAAAUCUGCUGUGGGUGUCUCCUGUACACAACGUGGCAGGCCUGGUGCUCGUGUUUGUGUAGGCCUGCAGCAAGUUCAGAGGUAUACGACGUGUAAUAUCGCACAGACAUUUUGCCAACGUAUGUUUGGAAAUGUGCAAAUAGCUUCAUAGGUGUACAUAGUGACAGGCUUGCUGCUCUGCUGCCCAUAUAGCUGUAUCAUGAAGUCAAUGUUUCAAUUAUGUUUUGUACGUAAAAACAAUGACCGUUUCACUUUUAAUAUGUGUAAUUAUUUCCACAAAAUUUCCACAAAAUAUAUAUUGACAUUGCAGUAUUUAGUGCUCUGCCUGUAUCCUGUGGACAAGCAAGCUAAUGUUAAUUGUCUAAUUGGACAUGAAGCUGCGCUUUUGUUGUCAUGGCCUACAGCCGAGUCAGUUUCCCUGAGGAACUGAACAGUCUGAUCAAUGUUUGACGACUGCUCAAGAGGACGUGUGGGAUUGUUUUGCUUCUACAGACCAUCUGUCGUUCUGAAGAAAGGAGACUUAUUCUGUCAUUUCUGGUCUAAUAUCUGUUGAAAGUUGUGUAUGACACCAUUUGGAAGUGUUGCCUGCUCUGGGACUGUGGUAUUUGUUUUCUAAAGAAGGUUUUGCGUUGAGAAAUGUCAUCCUCCAAUGAAUUUGCUUAAUUCUUUCUGUUGACAAGAGAAACUAUUUUGUGUUGUGAAUUCAGAUAUGGGUCUCUUAUGUCAAUAUGUCUUUCAGUCUUACACUAUUUAUUAAAAAUAUGUGACAACGGUGA